AUGGCAGAGACCCCGUCACACAACUUGCAGCUCAUGGACUUCUGCGCUCAGUACGCCGUGGACUGUACUAUCAAGGCCCUUGCUAACGACAUGGGGCUCGCCUGUCCGGAUCCUGUGACACACGUGAUACCCGAGUAUUUUCAGGCGGAGCUUCGCAUGCUUGCUUUCCGCUCCGCAAAAGCGAUGCAGAAUCGAAAACGCGUUCCUUGGGAUCUGCUGACAUACAGCGCCGCCGUUGGGGGCCAAGACGGCAACAACGCCGAGUUCGAGGCAGCUCUGAUGGAGAAGUUCCGGCCUGCGGACCUGAAGGAAGCAAUCACCGACGCCUGUCUGCUUGAAGAUGUCGAUGGAGUCAUGCUAUGUGCAUAUCUGCCCGAUGCAAUGACUGUGCAGCGCCAGGACCAAAUCGCCGAUCUUACCCAGCGGCUGCUUGGGCCGGCGCUUGAGGCGCACCCUCCGAAAACCGCCGUCCCAAAUUCCACGAAGGAUCCCUCCCGCGCAUGGCGCAGCUCUGAGACACUCUUCGCUGUCCAGGACAGGCCCCUCAUAUUUGGCAGAGGGUCGACUACCCUGUCCCCAGGAUGGUAUGCGCAGGGCUUUGACCAGGGGUUGGAGGGGCUCAGCGAUCGCCUCCAUGUAUCCAGCGACCUCGGCCCGGCACCCGGAAAACGUCCCAGCCAAAGGCAACUGGCCGCUCAGGCUUGGGUUGCUGGGAAUGUGGAGUUGGGUUUCUUGAUAUCCGCGGCAUUGGCCGUUCUGCAUCCUGAACAGUACAGGAUUACGAGGGAUGCUCUGGCAGAGCUCUCAAUGCGCGAUCACUUUGCAGAUCAUGUUGAGAACUGGACCUUCGCUUUCAACGUGGUCACCGUCAUCGCAAACCGCGUUACCCCCCUCCAUCGCGAUCGCGCGAGCGGCGCCAAGGAGUUGUUCGACGCAUUACUCAGCAUCGGGGGUGGGGCCCGCACAGCCUUGGUUCUGCCGGGCUUGGGCGCUAGGCUUCAGUACGACUCUGGGACACUAGUAUUUCUUCAAGGUUCCAUUCACCCACACCAGGUCUCGCCAUUCGACUACGAACGGCUCUGCGUUGCUUGCUAUGCUCGCCCGGCCGUUCUCCGGGCACUCGAUCAGCGCCAUCCCCGGGCGCCGUAUACCGCCGACACAAUGCCGAGAGGCUGGUACGAGAUGCUGGGCGGUGGGCGGGACGGAGGUCCAAUGUAG